UCCCUCGUAAAAUACUUUUUCCCACUGCUAUUAAUAUUUAGUCCUUUAAUGUAACAGUUCUCAAUUUUUUCACACAAAUUAUCACCUAAAAAAUACAUAGCGAAAGUGCCACCAUAAAAACAUGGACGUAUUAAAUGCUGUGCAUUUGAGUUUUAUUUAAUUCAGUUAUUCUUUCACAUACCACUAGAGAGAGCCCGCACUUAACACUUGUAGAAUACACGCAAAACUGGUAUUUUCCAGAAUAUGGGACUUUAUUUCAAGGUUUUAAUUUUAAUUUUGGGGAAGGGAGCAACUCGAAGUCAAUCAAAUUACGACAGCUAAUCCUUCUUCUGGCAACAAAUGGGGGGAGAAUGAUCACAAUCUUGGCAAAUGAGGCCAGUCCCAUCGGAGGAGAGAGAAAAGGGGAGAGAGAGAGAGAGAGAGAGAGAGAGAGAGGAGAGAGAGAGAGAAAGGGGAAGGAAUAAUGGUGAAGUGGGACAGUUGGUGGUGGGUCUGGGCAGUCUCACUCCUCAACGUGGACACUGAGCGCCAUGCAGGACCCCAUUCCCUCUGAUUUUUCCACCUGAUGCAGGUCCAAAAACAUGAAUGAUGACUCUUCUCAGAAAAAUCAAUCAGGUCCUCGUGGUGGUGCUGGUGCUGAUGCUGUACCUGCUCUUGUACAGCUCGCUACUCAGAGCUUCCAGCCAACAUCACAUUUCAGGUCCCGUGAAGAAACUCGGUGGUACCGCGGCGAGGGAGACGGCUCACGUCAUCCCUGUCGUCAUCUGCGCAUCAGAGGAGCGCAUGGGCGCAACCAUGGCGACCAUCAACAGCAUCCGGAGCAACACACGCGCGAACGUGCUCUUCUAUAUUGUCACGCUACGGGAUGCCGUCCCAUUGACCAGACGUUACAUAGAGGAAACCAAACUAAAAGGCAUCAAAUACAAGAUCUUGGAGUUUAAUCCGAUGGUUCUGAAGGGGAAAGUGAAGCCGGACUCCUCCAGACCGGAUCUAUUACAUCCCCUCAACUUUGUGCGUUUUUACCUGCCGUUGCUUGAGAUGAAUCACGAGAGGGUCAUAUACUUAGACGAUGAUGUCAUUGUACAGGGUGACAUUCAGGAUCUGUUCAAAAUCAAAUUAAAGCCGCAACACGCCGCUGCUUUCGCCACCGACUGUGACCUACCGUCUACUCACGAGAUGGUCCGCAGUGUUGGCAUGCAGACAACCUACAUGGGCUUCCUGGACUACAGAAAGCAAGAAGUGAAAGCCCUCGGCAUCAAUCCCAACGACUGCUCCUUCAACCCCGGAGUGUUUGUGGCAGAUUUACGCGAGUGGAAAAAGCAGAAGAUUACCAAACAGCUCCAGAAUUCCAUGGAGGAUAACGUCAAGCUAAACACCUACAGCAGUGCUAUGGCAGGGGGUGUUGCCACCCCACCCAUGCUGAUUGUUUUUCACAACAAAUACACGGUGUUGGACCCACUCUGGCACGUCAGACAUCUCGGUUGGAGUCCAGAUUCUGGCUAUCCCGAGAGCUUCUUGAAGAAGGCGCAGCUGCUGCACUGGAACGGCCCGUUCAAACCGUGGGGGUACCCUGCCGUUCACACGGAACGCUGGGAGAAAUGGUUCAUCCCAGAUCCUUCCGGGAGGUUCUCCCUGAUGAGGCCAGAGAGCAACAAUUAACAAGGACUGUAGGAUGUACCAUAUCUGAGCCAUAUAGGGGGAGGGGCUGGUGCUAAAUUACUUUAUUUGCAAGGAAUUGGAAAAAUCCGUGCGAAUAGUGAAAAUCCAAGAGUAAGUGACACCCAUUCUUAAUGUUUUGAAUUGCUUAUAGAGGCCACAAGAUGGCAGCAAAGUAUAUUUUUCUAUCAGACAAGGCUAUGGCCGGAUGAAAUGAUGCUCUUCCGCUCGCUUCAACAUUUGGCCUGAGUACAGCAAACAGCAAAUAUAUAAGGUGAGUUGUUUUUUUUUUUUUUUUUUGUUAACAAAUGUAUUUUCCAUCAUAGUAUGUGCAAUGAAUGGGUACUUGAUGAAUUUUCCUGUUUUUAUUGUGCUACCAUCAUGGAAUGCAAUACUGAUCAACUGUCUUAUCUCUGUGAGAUGAAGUGAACUCAUAAUAAGUAAAUAUUGACAAAAACUGA